CUAAUGAUAGUGCAAUCUUGUGAACUAACUUCAUAAAAUAAAUUACUCGGUACAAUUUUUCCCCUACAAAAUGAUCUUAUAUAAACUCCUUUUUUCCUCUUUAUUUUCUCAACAUUCAUAGUCAAAUGUCCAAUUCUUUACAAAUUCAAUAAUUAAGUACUAUAGAACAAUAUGGAACUUUUCUUUUGUUACUUCUUCCUAGGAUUUCUCCUCCUCAUCUUGCUCUCACUUCAAAUCCUUUUUUAUAAACAUCGAUCCCUCUUCUCCUCCGCAAACCUUCCUCCAGGAAGGAUAGGAUGGCCUCUUGUCGGUGAAACUCUAGAGUUCUUGUCCACGGGAUGGCAAGGCCACCCCGAGAAAUUUGUAUUUGACCGUAUGGUCAAAUACUCCCAAGAAUGCUUUAAGACGAGCAUUCUUGGGGAGCCUGUGGCUUAUUUUUGCGGCCCAACAGGCAACAAGUUCUUGUUCUCAAACGAGAACAAGCUUGUUACAACCUGGUGGCCAGAGGCUGUAAACAAAGUGUUCCCUAGUUCCCUCCAAACUAACUCUAAGGAGGAGUCUAUAAAAAUGAGGAAACUCCUUCCUCAAUUUCUAAAGGCCGAGGCCUUACAAAGAUACAUUGGCAUCAUGGAUACCAUCGCCCAGAGGCACUUCGCCUCUGGGUGGGAAAACAAAGAGGAAGUCUUUGUUUUCCCAUUAGCCAAAAGAUACACCUUUUGGCUUGCGUGCCACAUUUUUCUUAGUGUCGAGGAUCCUACCCAUGUAGCUCGCUUUGCUGACCCAUUUCGCCUCUUGGUUUCCGGGGUUAUCUCUAUCCCAAUUAAUUUCCCCGGAACACCAUUUAACAAGGCAAUUAAGGCCGCCGAGUUUAUAAGGAAGGAGCUCAUAUUGAUCAUUAACCAAAGGAAGAUUGAUUUAGCAGAGAAAAAAGCAACACCAACCCAAGAUAUAUUGUCUCAUAUGCUAACUAAAACAGAUGAAAAUGGGAAACAUAUGAAUGAAAUGGAUAUUGCAGAUAAAAUUCUGGGUUUAUUAAUUGGUGGACAUGAUACUGCUAGUAUUGUCAUUUCCUUCAUUGUCAAAUACCUUGCUGAACUUCCUCAUGUAUAUGAUGCAGUUUAUGAAGAGCAAAUGGAGAUUGCGAAAUCGAAAGCGGCUGGGGAGUUGUUAACAUGGGAGGAUAUGCAAAAGAUGAAGUACUCAUGGAAUGUGGCUUGUGAAGUAAUGAGGCUAAUUCCUCCAUUACAAGGAGCUUUUAGAGAAGCUAUGGCUGACUUUAAGUAUGCUGGUUUCAACAUCCCUAAGGGUUGGAAGCUAUACUGGAGUGCCUAUUCAACUCAUCAAAACCCGCAAUAUUUCGCGGAACCAGAUAAGUUUGACCCGAGUCGAUUCGAGGGAAGUGGGCCAGCACCAUACACAUAUGUACCAUUUGGGGGAGGGCCAAGAAUGUGUCCUGGCAAGGAGUAUGCACGGUUGGAGAUACUAGCCUUUAUGCACAAUGUGGUGAAGAGAUAUAAAUUUGAGAAAAUAAUUUUUGAUGAAAAAAUAAUAGCUAAUCCUUUUCCUAAGCCAGAAAAAGGGCUUCCUAUUCGCCUCAUUCCACACAAUGUGAAAGUGUAGUUGGUCAAAGAAGUGGUUAUUGCAAACAAUAUUAUACUUGUGUAUCACUCAAUGUCUCAAUGUUAUCAUUUGUUUGAGAUGAUCUUUCAACUAGUUUUGUCAUUUAUUUGAUGUGUCUAUUAGUACUAGUUUAAUUAACUUGGUGAAUUAAUAUAUUGUUCAUCUUAUAUGUAUGAAUGAAUUAUAUAUUUUUUUUAUGGACAAAGGCUAAACGGAAUUACGUGAAGUUACUAAAAGAAUUUUUGCACUAAAUUUGCUAAUCCAUUUUUUUUUAAAAAAAAAAAAUUUCAAGAAGGAUCAAGGUUGGGCUUUGGGUUCCGGCCCAAAAAUAUAUCUUCUUUAAACUUUUUUUGACCAGGCCAAAAUAAUAUAAUAACUAUACUUGUAUUAUUUUAGGCUGAGUCCAAAAGAACAAUUAAUCUAAUUCUUCCGUUUAGUAAGGAUAUUUUAGAUUUUAACACCUGACAAAAACCCGAAAAUGGUUUUUAACACCCCAAAAAAAAAACUUUUAUUUUAACACCAGACAAAAACUAUAAAAAUAGUUUUUACCACCACUUAACGGUUUCCGUCCAAAUAUUCCGUUAAGUGGGGUUCACAGUGACACGUGUCACCAUUUUUACUUGUUUUCAAAAAAUAAAAAAAAAACAAAAAAAAAUAAAUUUUUUUUAUAAAACUCAAACAACCAGAAGGCAGCCACCAACGGUGGCCCUUCUCCCUGACCAACUCCCGAACCACCCUCUCCUAGCCCCCCGUCAUCGGGUUUCGCCACCGAACCUUCCUUAUCACCGGAAAUCGACGUACCCUCGCUUCCCGCAGCCAAAAUUCGAGAACCCCCACCGAAAAUCGUGCCCAGAAAACGGCGACGAAUUUCAGGGGUGGUGGUUUUGCGGCUGAGCAAUCUUCCUUCCCCUAAAACGCCAGCAAAUUUGGCCAUUAAUGGCUGAAAUCGACCGAUUUUGGGACUGAGUGGCCUUAACCGGCCGAUUUCGGCCAUCAAUGGCCGAAUUCGUGGCUGAAUCAAUGACCAAAAAUUCAUGGCUAGUGAUGGCGGUGGUCAGGCUAGGGUGGUUUAAGGCUGCGGGAAAAGGGUGGGGAUGGGUUUAGGUCGGCCGGUGAGGGAGGGGGAGGUGGUGCGCCGGUCGUUGCGUCGCCGGCUGUGGGUCAAGCUGAAGAAGAAGGUGGCAGUGGUGGGGCGGCGGUGGGGCUAGGGUGGCAGGGUAGUUUUAGGUUUUUUUAUUUUUUUGUUUUUUUAUUUAUUUUUUUUUAUUUUUUGGACAAUAAUAAAGCGACACGUGGCUCAUGAAUCCACUUAACGGAUUCCUAAACGGAAUCAGUUAAAUGGUGGUAAAAACCAUUUUUAUAUUUUUGUCAGGUGUUAAAAUAAAAGUUUUUUUUUUUGGGGGGUGUUAAAAACCAUUUUCGGGUUUUUGUCGGGUGUUAAAAUCGAAAAUAUCCGUUUAUUAAUACUUGCAACACUUUUCUUUUCACGCUUGCCAAUGCACUAUUUCAAUCGUUAAU